CACGUUCAAUUGUUCCCAGUAAUUAUCCUAACUUCUGAAUGCUUAGGGUGUUACCACACCAUUCGACGUAACACCGAUGUAACGCGUUUGAAACCGCCCGUACCGAAUCGUUCCCGCAACAACCAAUCAGGAAACGAACUUACAUUAUUGUUUUGUAAAACUUUCGUUUGUGAUUCCACAUUCGAUUUUGAAUCCAAAACAAAAUCACCGUCAAGUACUUAGAAGUCAAAACUUACGUCAGCUGACAUUAUUUCCAACCAAAUUAUUUAUCAAAAUGGCUGACCGCAAAAUAUUCUUAAUUUUAAUUGUAAUAUUUGUUAUAAACAACGUAAAAUGUAGUUUCAGACACUCUAUACACAAGAGAGUGGAGGAAAUUAAUAAUAUAAGCAGAGUUAUGUACGGAGACGUAACGGGAGAUGACUUUCAGAAGAAUAACGUCGAAGAUGUUCUGAUGUAUCCAAAAGGCGACCGGCGCAAGUUGUCGGGCAUGUCGUCGCUGUGGCGGCAGUACUACUCGUGCUCGGCGCGGCUGCUGUCGCAGCUGAGCGGGUCGCGCACGCUGCCGUCCUACAUCGUGGCGGUGUUCCAGGGCGCGGUGGCCCGCCUGCCCUGCGGGACGUGCCUCGCGCCAGGGGAGAAGAAGAAGCCCCGGAGGUGGAUGGUGGCUAAGGUAAUACUAUCUUCUUUUGUAGGAUAGCGGAAAUCCU